AGAUCCACAGGAUGAUCUCCAGAUCACUCCGGGUCUCGUCGUUCAUCCUCCCGAAAACGUCGAGGAUCUUAUCAUGUCGCUCUUGCAUCUCGGCACAAUUCACAACCAAGAGUUCCUCGAGCACUACGACAUUAUCACACUCUCUCCCACCAAUCCCAGCCGACAAACCCUUCUACCUCACCUCUCCAAUCUUCUACGUCAAUGCAGCUCCGCACAUCGGCCACCUCUACACCCUCGUAAUCUGCGACGUCCUCACCCGCUACCAAAAACUCAAAGGCCGCCCUGCGAUCUUUUGUACCGGCACCGACGAACACGGAAUGAAAGUCGCGCAAGCUGCGGACAAGGUGGGUAUGGACCCAAAAGCGUUUUGCGAUAAGGUUUCGGGGAAUUUUAAGGAGUUGGCGAGGUUGGCGGGGAUCGAGUAUACGCAUUUCGUGAGGACGACGGAUGGGGAUCAUCGAGUUGCUGUACACCAUCUGUGGAAGACAUUACAAGACAACGGGUACAUCUACAAGGGCCUCCACGAGGGGUGGUACUCCGUCAGCGACGAAACGUUCUACCCCGAAUCAUCCGUCGAAAAGCGCAUCGUGGACGGCGCCGAACGCAUGGUCUCUACAGAAACCGGGACAAUUGUCGAAUGGCACUCCGAGGAAAACUACCACUUCCGGCUCUCAGCAAUGCGCGACCCGCUCCUCAAAUUCUACAAGGAGAAUCGAGGGUGGGUAUACCCCUCAACCCGCUUCGCCGACAUCAUCACCGUCGUCGAAAACGGGUUAACCGAUCUCUCUAUCUCCCGUCCUCGAUCACGGUUAUCCUGGGGAAUUCCUGUACCGGGGGAUGAGGAGCACACGAUCUACGUCUGGCUGGACGCGUUGACGAACUACCUCACCAAAGCCGGAUACCCUUGGUCGUCACCUAACGCUUCGGAGUAUGAGGGAGGGUGGCCAGCAGAUAUCCACGUCAUCGGAAAAGACAUCCUAAAAUUCCACUGCAUAUACUGGCCCGCAUUCCUCCUCGCCGCGUCCCUCCCCCUCCCACGACACAUCCUAACCCACGGCCACUGGACCAUGAACGGGUCCAAAAUGUCGAAAUCGCGCGGUAAUGUGGUGGAUCCCGUCAAGACGAUCCAGGAGGAAGGAGGCGCGGGUGCGUUGAGGUGGUUUUUGUUGCGGAGUGGGGGGUUUGACGCCGAUCGAGAUUAUACUGAGUUGGAGAUGGGGAAGAGUUUGAGGGAGUUGAGAAAUCAGAUCGGAAAUCUGAAUCAGAGGAUAAACUCGCCAAAGAAGUGGGAUAUCACUGAAUCUAUCGCGAACAUGGGCGGUCCCAACGCGAAACCCAUGCCGACUGAGAAGGACGAUGUUGCGUUCGAGUUGAGGCAAGAGAUGGAUAUGGUUAUGGAGAAGGUCAAGGGGCAUAUGGACAACAACGAAGUCGACAACGCACUAAAAGCAAUCAUGAACCUCUGCUACGCCGCAAACGCCUACGUCCAAGUCACCGCGCCUUGGUCCAUUGCAAAACAACUCAAGAAGAAUGACGCUGCUGGAGAGAAUGCAGAGACGUUAAAACGGCAAUUCGACGAUAUCCUAUACAACGCCGCGGAAGCACUUCGCAUCACGGCGAUAUUGCUACAACCUUUCCUUCCCGACAAGGCAGAGAUUUUGCUGGAUAUGUGGAGGGUGCCCGUGGGUGAGAGGGGAUUGGGCGAUGCGGUGUUUGGGAAGGGUGGGUAUGGGCCUGAAAAGGGUGUUGUGCAGCCGGUGUUGUUUCCGUAUAAUGAGAGGGAACUUGAGGAGCGGAAGAGGGAUAAUGGAGGGAAGUAGAUCGGUAUCAAUAAUAUUGAGGUCUUUGUCUCAUGUUGUACCAGCCAACCACUAGAUAUACAAGCUCUCUCAGAAGACCAAUUGCGUCUUUCCCCUAGAUGUCUCCGCUGGCUGAGCCUGUGUCGUCUGCUUAACAGCGCUGUUGGUAGAUUCAGAAGCCUUCCGUGAUCUGAU